GUAGUAGCAGGCAGCCGAGAUCCGCUGCUCUGGAGCUGCGGAGCCCCCCCCCCCCCAUCAUCAGUCCCCCGGAGCUGCCACCCCUAGGCUGGCCUCCGGAUCUCCGCGGCGUGCCCUCGGGCUGCCAUCCCCCCACCCCCACCCCAGAGAGGGCUGCGCCGGCGGGAAGACGCCCAGACGCCAGCUUCGGUCCCCUUUCCGUCUUGGUUCCUCUUUCCUCCCAAGUAAGGGAAUAAGCAGCAAGGAAGGAGCGCUCCGGGCCACCGCGCAACCAAGUGUUGCAUGCAUGGCGAGGAAGAGCCAGGAUUUUGGAAUUGGCCUUGAUGCUAGCAAGAGGAUGGUGCCUGAGGAAUAGCAGAGGUCUUUUCUCAGCUGCAAGAGCUGCCUGCUGCUGCCAUCGACACCUGAGUCCCUGAGGAGUCUUCUGCAGGCCUGGUCCAUUGCACACCUACAAUGAGCCAGGCCCUGGGCUGGGCCUUGGCUUCUCCCUGGUGAACAAAACUCUAUCCCUGGCCUCAAGACACUCACACUCAGCUUAAAGAUGAGUGAAGGACGAUGGGUCUCUCUCACUUCAGAAGAAUUUGAUCAGCUCCAGAAAUACUCAGAAUACUCCUCUAAGAAGAUAAAGGAUGUGCUGAAUGAAUUUAAUCAUGGUGGAAGCCUCAAGCCAUAUGACCCACAUGAGCCCAUUAGCUAUGAUGUCUUCAAGCUGUUCAUGAGGGCGUACCUGGAGGUGGACCUUCCUCAGCCACUGAGCACACACCUCUUCCUAGCCUUCAGCCAGAAGCCCGGACAGGAGACGUCUGACCACCCAAAGGAGGGGGCCAGCAGCAGUGAGCUCAAUGUCCCAGAUUCUAUCAUACAAAAUGCAGAUAAUGCUGCCCAAGCUGACGAGGCCUGUGCCCCUGACACAGAGACAAAGAUGGCCAAGAAGCAAGAACCGGCAAAAGACCCAAUAGCAGCAGUGCCCCGGGAGACCCCUGCUGCUCAGCCUUCAAGUUCAGAAUCCCCUACAGUGUACCUAAGGGAUGUUGUAUGUUACUUGUCCCUGUUGGAGAAUGGAAGACCUCAGGAUAAGCUAGAAUUCAUGUUUCGCCUCUAUGAUUCAGAUGAGAAUGGACUCCUCGACCAGGCGGAGAUGGAUCAUAUUGUGAACCAAAUGCUACAUGUUGCCCAGUACCUGGAGUGGGAUCCCACAGAGCUGAGGCCUAUACUGAAGGAGAUGUUGCAAGGGAUGGACUAUGACCAGGAUGGCUUUGUGUCACUUCAGGAAUGGGUCCAUGGAGGGAUGACCACCAUCCCACUGUUGGUCCUCCUGGGAAUGGAUGAUUCUAGCUGCCAGGGAGAUGGAAGCCAUGCCUGGACCCUGAAACAUUUCAAGAAGCCCACUUACUGCAAUUUCUGCCACCUCAUGCUGAUGGGUGUUCGGAAGCAAGGCCUGUGCUGCAUCUACUGUAAAUACACUGUCCACCAACGCUGUGUAUCCAAAAACAUUCCAGGCUGUGUCAAAACAUACUCAAAAGCCAAGAGGAGUGGUGAGGUGAUGCAGCACGCGUGGGUGGACGGGAACUCCUCCGUCAAGUGUGACCGGUGCCAUAAAAAUAUCAAGUGCUACCAGAGUGUCACAGCGCGGCACUGCGUGUGGUGCCGGAUGACGUUUCACCGCAAAUGUGAACUAUCGACGCUGUGUGAUGGUGGGGAACUCAGAGACCAUAUUCUGCUGCCCACCUCGAUAUGCCCCAUCACUAGAGACAGGCAAGGUGGGAAGUCCGAUGGUGCAGCAGUGAAGGGUGAAAUUGUAAUGCAGUACAAGGUCAUCCCAACCCCCGGCACCCAUCCCCUGCUGGUCUUGGUGAACCCCAAGAGUGGAGGGAGACAAGGAGAAAGAAUUCUUCGGAAAUUCCACUACCUGCUCAACCCCAAACAAGUGUUCAACCUGGAGAAUGGGGGUCCAACUCCAGGACUGAACUUCUUCCAGGACACACCAGACUUUCGUGUCCUAGCUUGCGGAGGAGAUGGGACUGUCGGCUGGAUUUUGGAUUGCAUUGAUAGGGCCAACUUUGCAAAGCAUCCUCCGGUGGCCGUCCUGCCUCUUGGAACAGGGAAUGACCUUGCCAGAUGUCUCCGAUGGGGAGGAGGUUACGAAGGGGGCAGCUUGACCAAAAUCCUGAAGGACAUCGAGCAGAGCCCCUUGGUGAUGUUGGACCGCUGGUACCUAGAAGUCAUCCCCAGGGAGGAGGUGGAGAAUGGGGACCAGGUCCCCUACAGCAUUAUGAACAACUAUUUCUCCAUUGGCGUGGAUGCUUCCAUUGCACACAGAUUCCACGUGAUGCGAGAGAGACACCCUGAAAAGUUCAACAGCAGGAUGAAGAAUAAACUGUGGUAUUUUGAAUUUGGCACCUCGGAGACCUUCGCAGCCACCUGUAAGAAGCUGCAUGAGCACGUGGAGCUGGAGUGUGACGGAGUUGAGGUGGACCUGAGCAACAUCUUCCUGGAAGGCAUUGCCAUUCUCAACAUUCCCAGCAUGUAUGGAGGCACCAAUCUCUGGGGAGGUACCAAGAAGAACCGGGCUGUGAUCCGGGAAAGCAGGAAGAGCAUCACAGACCCCAAGGAACUGAAAUUCUGUGUCCAAGACCUCAGCGACCAGCUCCUCGAGGUGGUGGGACUAGAGGGAGCCAUGGAGAUGGGGCAGAUCUACACUGGCCUGAAGAGCGCAGGCAGGAGGCUGGCCCAGUGCUCCUCCGUCAUCAUCAGGACUAACAAGCUGCUGCCCAUGCAAGUGGAUGGAGAGCCUUGGAUGCAGCCACGUUGUACGAUAAAAAUUACUCACAAGAACCAAGCACCCAUGAUGAUGGGACCUCCCCAGAAGAGCAGCUUCUUUUCACUGAGGAGAAAAAGCCGUUCAAAAGACUAACCAGUAUGCCAAACACCAGCUAAACCAUCAAGAGAGAAGAAACUCAAGUUACAUGCACACAUAUUUAAAUACACAUAUAUGAACACAUGUGCGCAUGACCCUUGCCACACACACACACACACACACACACACACCAUUGGGAGCAAAACCACCCUUCAUGAGUAAAACUAUUCUUCCAGAAGCAAAUUUCACUUUGCCAUACAGUCUACCUAUUUCGAAAAUGGACCAACCCAUAAAACAUUUUGAAUGGACUUAGAUCCCGUCAGGGUGGGUCAACCGUGCAGCAACUUCCACAGUCCCCACAGGCCUUGAGUAGACUCUCUGAGACUGAAGGAGAAAUCUUCCUUUCUCUUCACCACCCCUGUGAGGUUCCUCAUGGGUGCUCAUGAAGAGCAGGCUGCCAGUUUCCUACCUACCGUGAGAUCAGAAUUGGUCAAAGAGUUCCAGUCCAGAGAACUUCCAUAAAAGUCCUUCUGUAGAGAGACAAAACAGCCUCCAGCUCUCUGAGGAAAAUCCUUGGCAGGGCUCAGCAAGAGUAUGAUGGUUUUCUUCUUGUCCUUUAAGCCACAACUCCUCCCCAACUUGCUAAGGAAGCCAAAAGGCUGUGGAGUUUCCAGUCUUGGUUCUCUGCACUGUCAGUAGGCACUUGCUCAUUUCCUGAAGCUUCUCCUGGUCCGCUAUGUGUUUGUUUAGAGACUGCUCCAAGAGCCCCCAGAGCUGCCUGUACAGCAUACCUUAGAUGUGGUAUUUAUUUUCUUAGUUCUACGAACACCUGGGAGGGAAAGCAGAGAAACUGGGAUUUAUUUUUCAAACUGGUGUCAUAAUAUUGUAUAAAAAGGAAAGAAAAAAAAAAAAACCCUUGGCUCUCCC